CCACAGCAGAUGAAGCACUGAGUUGAGCAAAAAUUAGACAGCGCCGGGCUGAGCGAGUCGACGCAGCUUACCAUCCGACGAUUGACCGCCACUGCAGUCCUCCCAUUCUUUCAUGUCGUCCCUCAGCGCCCCUCCUAGCCCUCAAGCCGAGCUUCCUGAUCUCGAUCAUUUGACCAUGGAUGACUUUAGGCAUAUUUACGAGCCAUCAGAUGAUACAUUUCUCCUCAUGGAUGCGUUGGAAGCGGAUGCACAAAAAUUAAAAGCCCGAAAGCCGCGCAUUGUGGUUGAGAUAGGGUCAGGAAGCGGGUGUGUGACAGCCGUCCUGGCACGCACGCUGCGAGAUGCCCUUGGUCCCGAACACUGCACAUUAUUUAUUUCCACAGAUAUCAAUAGCAGAGCUGUGCGUGCGACUCAGGCCACUGGCUCAGCCAAUAGUAUUUUGCACCAUGAAAUCCUCCAGGCCGACCUCCUCGCCCCCCUCCUUCCUCGCCUCCUCCACUCGGUCGAUCUGCUCGUGUUUAAUCCUCCUUACGUCCCCACACCUACUUCUGAAGUCGGCUCGCAUGGUAUUGAAGCCAGUUGGGCAGGAGGGAAAGACGGAAGAGAGGUGCUGGACAGGAUCCUCGACUCCAUUCCGAACCUUCUUCGCCCUCAGGGUGGAUGUAUGUACUUGGUAGCCGUGAACGAGAAUCUUCCAGAAGAUAUUUGCGCCAGAAUGCGGGAAGAAAAUUUGCAGGCAGAGGUGGUACGCUCCCGUAAAGCUCGAAACGAAGUC